CUGCUGGUGGUGCUGGAACAAGGCCCAGGCUGUCCUCGGGGAGAAAAACUGAUUGCUCACAAUCAGCUCCACGGGAUACAGCAUACAGGGAGAAUCGCCACCCAAGCAGAAGAUAGCUUUUUUCAAGAUCAUGGGAGACAAAGAACUGCCUGGUGUUUUGAUCUUUGAAAUUGGAGGUGCAUUUGGUGUACUGGAAAGCCAUGUGGAGUUCCUUAAGAAACGCUUUAAUCUCAUCACCAUGAAAGAGUUUCACAGAAGCAAGGAAGAACUUUGUAACAAGAUCAAGUCUAUUUUUGUAUUUGACUGCAGACCUCUCAUUGACCGAGAGCUUCUUGAAAGCCUGCCCAGUUUAAAAGUGGUUGGAAAUUCAGGGGUGGGAGUGAAUCAUUUUGAUUUGAAAAUGAUCUCUAGCUUUGGAGUAAAAGUAACCAACACUCCACAUGCUGUUUCUGACUCUACAGCAGACAUAGGCAUGGCCUUAAUGCUAGCAUCUGCAAGAAGACUAGUGGAAGGUUGUCACAUUGCAACAGCUCCAGAUACCACACACUUUGCUAUUGACUGGCUAGGAGUAGAAGUCACUCGGGCCACUCUUGGUAUCAUUGGGAUGGGCAGCAUUGGAUAUAAGGUGGCCAAGAGAGCAAAAGCUUUUGACAUGAACAUUCUUUAUCACAACAGGAACCGUAGAAAAGAGGAAGAAGAACAGGCAGUUGGUGCCACUUAUUGUAAACACAUAGAAGACUUGCUCCAGCAGUCUGACUUUGUGAUGUUAGUUGUGAAUCUGACAUCUGAGACUCACAAGCUCAUUGGGAAGAGGGAACUAGAGCUAAUGAAACCCACGGCUACUCUCAUCAAUAUCUGCAGAGGUGCAGUAGUUGAUCAAGAUGCCUUAGUAGAAGCGCUCCAAAAUAGAGUUAUUAAGGCUGCAGCUUUGGAUGUGACAUACCCUGAGCCAUUGCCAAGAGAUCACCCCUUAUUGCAAUUGAAUAAUGUUGUUAUAACUCCUCACAUUGGAACAGCUACUGUGCAAGCCAUGCGUAUGAUGACAGAAGAAGCAGUAGAAAAUAUUCUGGCUGCUCUCAAUGACCUCCCCAUUCCUAGUGAAGUGAUCCCCAAAUGAUUUGAGAGAGAACAUGAAUAAUUAAUAACUGAUCAGCAAAAGGACAUUAACCUCUAAAUAACAAUGCAGUAUGGCAAUAUCAAUAUCAUCGUCGUUUUCAGUUAUGUGCUCCCAUAUUGCAACUAUUUUCUGUAAUUAUAUUCUUACAUAAAAGAACUAACAAAGUUA